AUGGCUUCUUGUACAGCAACGAAUACGAUAAAUGCAUUAAAAACGGUUUUCACUCUGAAGGGGUUACCAAAGACGAUAGUUUCUGACAACGGCACUCAGUUUACAUCAUCCGAAUUUCAACAUUUUUGUAACCGGUUCUCAAUACAACACAUCACUUCCGCGCCUUUCAACCCAGAGUCAAAUGGAGCCGCUGAACGAAUGGUACGGACGUUCAAAACAUCAAUUGCGAAAAUUCUUUGUGACAACACCCGAUGUGAAGACGCUCUACAGGUAUUUUUAGCAACAUACCGGUCAUCCCCGGGCAACGAUGGGAAAUCACCUGCAGAGAAGCUCCACGGGCGAUGCCAUCGAACUGCGCUAUCUGCCUUGUGCCCCGAUUCAAAAACUCACGUCAAGGAAAAGUCAGCCAAAUUCGCCAGUGGCGAAACCGUUUUCGUCCGAAUAUAUCGCCAUGAACCUAAAUGGAUCAAAGCUGUCAUUUUAGAAACGUUAGGAAGGAGAAUGUACAGAGUGGAAACUGAGUAUGGUUCCAUUUGGCGUCGCCACCAAAACCAAAUUCGCCAAAGAGAAGCCUGCGAAAAUGAUCACCAAACAUCAAAAGUUCAGGGGAGUAAAGAAUUCACUUUAACCAAUCCUAUCUCUUAUUCUUACCUAGGUGUUUCACAACCAUCACAAUCAAAAAAGAAAAGUCAUCAAGUGGAAGACAAUCCACCAUGUGAGGCAUCAUUUUCGUCAUCACCAAAGACGGUAGAGGAUUCAGUUAUCGAGAAGAAUCCAACAUCACCACCUUCCACUGAUCUUACAUCGCCAGUUUGCUCAUCACCAACUUUGUCAACAUCUACUGAAGCUGACAAAGCCGAGCCUGCAAGUACGUAA